AUGCCAUUGAAUAUCCAAAAAUUUGGUGGUGGUUUUAGUGCUAGUGAUAAUGGUGGCAGUGAUGGCGGUGGUGAUGGUGGCAAUGGUGGUGGUUGUGGUGGAGGUAAUAGUGUUGGUGGCAGUAGAGGAGGUGGUUGUGGACCUCUGGUGGUGGAGGCGCUAGAGGCAGUGGCGGCAGUGGUGGAGGUGAUGCGUCGUAAUGGUUCUAUCAACCGUUGUCUGGUUAACUUGGUAAACCUCAAAAUCCCUGCAAGGAACAAACCCCGGAAAGGUGUCAAAACCAUAGACAUAACCAUAGACCCUACGAGAAACCUCUGGUUUCGUCUCUUCAUCCCCACCAAAAUCUCCUCCAAUGUCGUCCUCCCCGUUAUCGUUUUCUUCCAUGGCGGAGGUUUCGCUUUCCUCCGCCCUGAUUUUAAGUACUACGACAGUGUCUGUCGUCGCAUUGCUAGAAAUACUCCUGCCGUUAUAGUCUCUGUCAACUAUCGCCUAUCGCCGGAACACCGCUUUCCGUCACAGUACGACGAUGGCUUCGACACUCUUAAAUUCCUCGAUGAAACAAAAAUCAACGGUUUUCCCCCAAAUUCAGAUCUCUCGCGAUGCUUUCUGGCUGGUGACAGUGCUGGAGCCAACCUGGCGCAUCAUGUAGCAUGCAGAGCUGGAGGAGUGGAGUUCCGGCGUCUGAGGGUGAUCGGACAGAUUUCGAUACAGCCAUUCUUCGGCGGCGAAGAGAGGACGGCGUCGGAGAUUCGGAUGGCAAAUGGUAUAUUGGUGACGCUGAAACGGACGGAUUGGCUGUGGAAGGCGUUUUUGCCGGAAGGAGAGAACAGAGACCAUGAAGCAGUGAACGUGACGGGGCCGAGGGCGGUGGAUGUAAGGGGAGUGAAGUAUCCAGAGACGAUGGUGGUGAUGGGUGGUUUCGAUCCGUUGCAGGACAGGCAGAGAGAGUUCUACGAGUGGCUAAAGAGAUCUGAGAAAGAAGUGAAGCUAUUAGAGUAUCCAAACGCAAUUCAUGCUUUCUAUUUAUUUCGUAAACUCCCAGAAGCUUCUAAGUUUAUGGGGGAGGUCAAGGAUUUUGUCCAAAACGUUUCUGCUAAGUUCACCAAAUGA